CUUAAAAGUAUGUGCUUACUGUGACAAUCACCCUGAUAAACCUUUAACAAUGUAUUGUGAAGCUGAUGAUAGCAUCAUAUGUAAUACAUGCCUUAGUCUUCACCACAAAGAACAUAUGAUAUAUGACAUUGAUGUUGCUGCAGGGCAUAUGUACAAUCAGUUGAGUGCUAAAAUUCGGAACUAUAUAGCAAGGAGUAGAAUAGCUGAGGUACAACGUAGCCGUGGCAUAUAUAUUGGACAAAGGGAUGCAGAAGAUGUCAACAUGGUUACAUUUUGGGACCGAGCUUUGACUGGACUUGAGGCCCAUAAAGACAAAGGUAACAACAUUGAACUACUUAAAGAUUGUAUAAGAUUAAAAGGACAUGAGAUUCCAAAUCUUGAUCAACAGACUCCUUCAGGGAGUCAAAGCAGAAGUUCCAAUAAUAGGGGAUCAGCAAGUUUAGACCAAGAGGUACUUGGGCCCCAAUCAAACCCAGAUAUAAGUAGUUCAACAAGUGAUGUAAAUGUUCAAAGCUCAGUUACUUAUGAAAAUCCACCGAGUGUCCUUAGUGAUAUGAAUGUUCAAAGUCAAAUGACUAAUGAAAAUCCGCCGAGUGUCCUUAGUGAUAUGAGUGUUCAAAGUCCAAUGAUUUAUGAAAAUCCACCAAGUGUCUUUAGUGAUAUGAGUGUUCAAAGUCCAAUGACUUAUGAAAAUCCGCAGAGUGUCAUUAGUGAUAUGAGUGUUCAAAGUCCAAUGACUUAUGAAAACCCUCCCAGUGUCCUUAGUGAUAUGAGUGUUCAAAGUCCAAUGACUUAUGAAAAUCCGCCGAGUGUCCUAAGUGAUAUGAGUGUUCAAAGUCCAAUGACUUAUGAAAAUCCGCCGAGUGUCAUUAGUGAUAUGAGUGUUCAAAGUCCAAUGACUUAUGAAAACCCGCCUAGUGUCCUUAGUGAUAUGAGUGUUCAAAGUCCAAUGGCUUAUGAAAAUCCACCGAGUGUCCUAAGUGAUAUGAGUGUUCAAAGUCCAAUGACUUAUGAAAAUCCACCGAGUGUCCAAAGUGAUAUGAGUGUUCAAAGUCCAAUGACUUAUGAAAAUCCACCGAGUGUCCAAAGUGAUAUGAGUGUUCAAAGUCCAAUGACUUAUGAAAAUCCACUGAGUGUCCAAAGUAAUAUGAGUGUUCAAAAUCCAAUGGCUUAUGAUAUUCCCCCAAGUGCCCAUAGUGAAACAACUGUUCAAUGUCCAUCAAAUAAACAAGACCUUAACAUUGAUGGCCACAUACACAGAUCAAUUCAACCUAAAAAAGAUAAAAAUCAAAAUCUAAGAAUGUUGCUAGGUAAACGCAAAAUUCAAAAUGCAGGGAACUACCAAUCAGUAAUUGGUAAUCAGAGUGGAAUGAUUGGUCAGAAUAUAGAAAGUAGACAAGGUGCAAGGAGAGAGCAGAAUACAAUGGGUGGCCAGGGGAUAACUGGUGAUCAGUCAUCAAUGGGAAGGCAGAACAUAAUGGGUGACCAAAGGACAAUGGGUGAUCAGUCUGCAAUGGGAAGGCAGAAUAUAAUGGGUGACCAAAGAAUAAUGGGUAAUCAGUCUGCAUUGGAAAGGCAGAAUACAAUGGGUGGCCAAGGGGUUAUGGUUGAUCAGUCUGCAAUGGGAAGGCAGAAUAUAAUGGGUGACCAAAGGAUUAUAGGUGAUCAGUCUGCAAUGGGGAGGCAGAAUAUAAUGGGUGACCAAAGGAUAAUGGGUGAUCAGUCUGCAUUGGGAAGGCAGAACACAAUAGGUGACCAGUGGAGAAUAGGCGAUCAGUAUGCAACAAGAAGGCAGAAUAUAAUGGUAGACCAGAGAACUAGUGAUUGGAUUGCAAUGGGAGGGAAGAAUAUAAUGGAUGAUCAGGGGAGAACUGGCAAUCAAAGAAGAAUGCCCGAUGAGCUUAUUUCAGGAGGAGAAAGUAUAAUGAGUGGUCAGAACAGAAUGAGUGGUCAGGGUAGAAUGGGUGAUCAGGCAAGAAUGAGUAAUCAAAGAAUGAUAGAUGCUCAGGAGAGAACAGCUAAUCAGAGCAGAAAUAAUGAUCAGGUUGCAAAAUGCCAUCAGAGUGCAAUGGGUUAUAGUGAGAGUAUAAUAAGCAGUCAGACAAGACUAGAUAAUCAGAGUCGUCAAAUAAAUAGAAAAAAUCAAAGUGUGACAAGUCAAGGUAAUAUCUCCCAGGUAGCUACAUCAAUUAACAGCACAUCAGUUCCUCCUGUUAGUUCUCUAACUGGUUUCUAUUCUACACAGAGAAUUCCUGGGUCAAUGAGGCUAAGAAAACCCAAAAUAAAGAAGAUUGAUUUAAAAGGAUCCAAACAGUCUUUUCUUAACAGUAUUAAUGAUGUUGUAGCAAUAGAUGCACAGAGGUUAGUAAUCAUAAGAUAUGAAUGUGUUGAAAUCUACCAUAACUUGAAUCUGUUCAAGACAAUACAGAAGGAGAUGAGAUGUGUCACACUUACACCUGAUAACUAUCUUGCAUUUACAAGUGGAUGGUGGAGUGGUGGUGGUGGUAGUGGUGUCAUCAACAUAUACACUCAAGAUGGUCAGCAUGAAAGAGACAUCACCACAACAUUCACUAAUCUAUAUGGGAUUGCAUGUAAUAGUGAUGGUAAAUUAGUUGUAAGUGACUUGAAUACCAAGACUAUAUCACACAUAAACUAUCACACUGGUGAAGUACUGCAUACAACAUCAGAUACUCAGUUGUUUGGUUGGCCUCGGUACAUUGCAGUAAGUAACAACAACAAUGUGAUUGUGUCUGAUUGGCAGAGGAACUGUAUUACAGUGGUGAGUAGACAGGGUAGGAAGCUGCUGCAGUAUGGUACUCAUGGAUCAGGUGAAGGAGAGUUGAAUUGGCCAGAAGGUAUGUGCACUGAUGGAGA